AUGGCUGUGCACACAAAUGUCGUCAUCAUUGCCCAUCAAUCUUUCAUUGGCUUCCACCCUCCAUCAGACAAUGCCUCCUUAUUGACCCUUGUUGCAUUGGUUGUCGUCUCCAUCGUCGUCACACGCUCCAUGCCUGCAACUCCCACCUCUGCCGUUGUAACACAUCCUAUAUCGGUUGCCUCUGCCUCCUUCCUUUGUCAUCAAGGGCUUCCUCAGUUCUCACAUCCGACGAAGAGAUUUAUGCAAGUUUUGGAUGAAGCAGCCCUAUGUAUUGGUGCUGGAGUUCCUGAUUUCAACGAAUGUUUCAUUGUGGAGAUUGAUUCUUCAUGCUAUGAAGUAUGCACUGUUCUUAGAGCCCAAAAAAGUAAAAAAAAAAACAAAGGCAGAGGAACCGCCGCGAUGUCUCUCCCGGUGGCCUACCAAGGCAACACCUCCGCCGCCUCGCCCGACUGGCUGAACAAAGGCGACAACUCAUGGCAGAUGACCGCCGCCACCCUCGUGGGCCUCCAAAGCGUUCCGGGCCUCGUCAUCCUCUACGGCGGCAUCGUCAAGAAGAAAUGGGCCGUCAACUCCGCCUUCAUGGCCCUCUACGCCUUCGCCGCCGUGUGGCUCUGUUGGGUCACGUGGGCCUACAACAUGUCCUUCGGCGACAAGCUCCUCCCUUUAUGGGGCAAGGCGAAGCCUGCACUCGGCCACAAGUUCCUCCUCAAACAGGCCGCAAUUCCGGCGACCAUUCAUUACUACAGAACCGGUGAAGUCGAGACGGCGAUGGUGGCGCCGUACUAUCCGAUGGCGACGAUGGUGUAUUUUCAGUGCGUUUUUGCGGCGAUCACGCUGAUACUGGUGGCGGGAUCUCUUCUGGGGAGGAUGAAUAUAAGGGCGUGGAUGGCGUUUGUGCCGCUGUGGUUGACUUUCUCUUAUACGGUGACGGCGUUCAGUAUUUGGGGAGGGGGUUUCCUAUUCCAGUGGGGGGUUAUGGAUUACUCCGGCGGAUACGUUAUUCAUCUGUCCUCCGGCGUCGCCGGAUUCACCGCCGCUUAUUGGGUUGGACCGAGGUCGACCAAGGACAGGGAGAGGUUUCCGCCGAAUAAUCUGCUUCUUAUGCUGGCGGGGGCCGGGCUGCUGUGGAUGGGCUGGGCCGGCUUCAAUGGGGGUGACCCAUACUCGGCCAACACCGACUCCUCCUUGGCGGUGCUCAACACCAACAUCUGCGCCGCCACCAGCCUCCUCGUCUGGACCUCCCUCGACGUCAUCUUCUUCAAGAAGCCCUCCGUCAUCGGAGCCGUCCAGGGUAUGAUCACCGGUCUCGUUUGCAUCCCUCUCGUUUGCAUCCCCCCCGGCGCAGGAUUGGUGCAAGGAUGGGCGGCGAUCGCCAUGGGGGUUCUCUCCGGCAGCAUCCCGUGGUUCACGAUGAUGGUGGUCCACAAGCGCUCCUCCCUCCUCCAAAAAAUCGAUGACACCCUCGGCGUCUUCCACACACAUGCCGUCGCUGGAUUCCUCGGCGGUGCCACCACCGGUCUCUUCGCCGAGCCCACCCUCUGCUCCCUCUUCCUCCCCGUCACCAACUCCCGCGGCGCCUUCUACGGCAGCCCCGGCGGCGUCCAGUUCCUCAAACAGAUCGUCAGCGCCCUCUUCGUCGUCGGCUGGAACCUCGUCAUCACCUCCAUUAUCUGCCUUGCAAUCCGGAUCUUCAUCCCCCUGAGAAUGCCGGACGAAGAGCUCGUUGUCGGAGAUGACGCCGUGCAUGGAGAGGAGGCGUAUGCGCUGUGGGGAGAUGGGGAGACUCUCGACGCUACGAAGCACGGGUUUUACUCCGACGGGGGGCGGUCAGCCGCCACGCUCGGCGGCGGUGCAGAUGGGUUACUUAUAGGUGUUUCUUUGUUUUGUAGGAGGAACAUUCAAGGAGUGCUUGAAUGA